AUGGAUAGAACCGCGAAACUGUACACUGCCGCUUCGCAUCGCUACAAUACAGAUUCAUUCUUAUUUGAAACGAGUGAACAUAAUAUCAACAACCAAAUAAACGUGAAACCAAAGGCUGAAGGAGGCCGUAAGAAACAUCCCGAAAGACAUCGUGGGCAUCGUGAGCAUCAUCGUGAUCUAGUGAACGCACAGCAUAUUGUACAGACUGAUUCACAUUCCCCGAAUAUGGUAUGGGAUAAGAAUAUAAGCAAUCUGAAAAUCACCGAUAACACAGCACAAGUCGAAUCUGAACAAGACUUGAUGGAAAAAGAGAGACAGCACACAAUAAUCCGAAAUAUGGAGAGAACGUCGUUGUGGUUACGACCAUUAUCAUACUUUUGGGGUAUACUGAACAAUUUAUUCUGUACAUAUACACUCCAAUGUGAAUUUCACGGCUCUCUAGCAUCCGCCUUGAAAGAUCCGACCAAAAUGCUACGACAAAAUGUGGUCGGACUAAUUUUGGGCAUCUUAGUCGGGUUUUUUUCCUACAUGCUAUUUUUGCUCACAUUCUCACACAAUCCUAGGCUGUCCACUCUACUCAGUGCGUAUGUGAUGCUUGCCUCGGUGUUUGGCAUUGCAUUCUCGGAAGAUUUUCGCUGUGUCGCAUUGCUUACUCUGCCCUAUUUGGCAGCAAGCCGUGUUCGAUGGUUGCUCAUGUUAUACGCAUCCAGCUUGUCAAUCACCGGGCCCGGAUUGAAUUUUUUGCACAACUCCGGAAACUUUCGUAACGCGAUCGCCUGUAUACUGGCCCAAGUCAGUACUAAUAUGAUGCUUUUGCAAAAGCUGACCGCAGCACCGUUCUCUUUGCUUCGUAAUCAGCUACAAACGUUGAUUGACAAUUUGAACAAGACAUUGAAUCGAAUGCGAUUCUCUCUAAACGCGAUCAAUCUAUCCCUGUUCAAAGUGACUAAUGUGAUGACACAACAGUCUAGCUGGGUUCGAUCGCUGGUCGAUGCGUGCGGUGACAAGGUGGCUUUACAAAAUCAAUGUUUAUCCUUUUUUAAUAAUAUCUAUUUCAAUUGUAUCCAGACUGUCAGUAAAUUCUUCUGUGGUUUUGUGCGUCAGUUCGCCGCGGACACGUGUAGUGGUGUGUUAGAUUUCACUCACUUAUGUGAUAAACAAGCACAGUUGUUGGAAGAUUAUAUGAAUAUCACAUCGAAAGAUAAUUUGACACAACAAAUGAACGGAAUUCUCGACCUGUUGGGUCGAGAAAAUUUGACAUUACAAGGAAAUUUUGACCAGUUCGAUAAACUGACCAUCGAAAGUGACGAUACGGUGGUGUCUAUUUUACAAAAACGCAUGGAUACAUUUGUGAACACAGUGGAACAUGGAAAGUUCAUCUUGUCAUGGAUUCUUGUUAUCUGGACUUUGCUUACUAUGCUCCAACUGGUGAUACAGGCUGCCAGGUUUCGCAAAUCCUGGGUCUCAAAGGACACGUUUGACAAUGUGUACAUUACACCUGCAUUUCUAGAACAGGUAAGUGUGCGAUGA